GAACUACACUUCCGGAGUUGUCACCCGUACCCCGGCAACAACAUAGAGAACCCGUUACAAAUAGAUGUAACGGUAUUCGUCUACAUUUUCGAAAUAUAUUCCAUUUUAACAAGGCUCAUGAAACAGAAAGAACAGUAAUCACUCGUGAUGAAGGCAGGAAAAUUAAUAAAACGCUUAGCUAUUCUGUCUGUAGCAGGAGCUGGAGUUUUCUAUGGAGCUACUGUUGUUUAUCCAUCAUUGGCAUCCCGCUACAAAAAGCCUGCUGUUGAAGGAGAGCUGAGUAAAGAUGAAUUACAACGAAUAAAUUGUCCAUUGCCAACAAGAGAAGAUCUGAUUAAAGGAAUAAAAUGCCAGGAGAUGGACGUUUUGGUUAUUGGUGGUGGUGCCACUGGCCUUGGUGUUGCAUUAGAUGCCACAACUAGAGGAUUGAAGACCGGUUUGGUUGAGAAGUUUGACUUCUCUUCUGGCACCAGCAGUCGAAGUACUAAAUUGAUUCAUGGUGGAGUGCGCUAUCUCCAAAAAGCAGUUUUCAAUUUAGAUUACGAACAGUACAAAAUGGUGAAAGAAGCUUUAGCAGAACGUGCCAAUCUUAUUGAAAUUGCUCCUCAUUUGGCCUACCCACUGCCUAUAAUGUUGCCUGUCUACAAGUGGUGGCAAGUUCCUUAUUACUGGGCUGGUGUGAAAGCCUAUGACUUCGUUGCUGGCAGCGAGUUGCUUAAGCCUAGUUAUCUGUUAUCAAAAAGAAGAGCUCUUGAGGAAUUCCCUAUGUUGAAGAAAGACAAACUAAAAGCUGCUCUUGUUUAUUAUGAUGGUCAGCAUGAUGAUGCAAGAAUGGCGGUCUCACUGGCAAUUACAGCUGUACGCCACGGGGCGUAUUGUUUGAACUACACCAAGUGCGAGAAGCUGUUGACUACCUGUGUGGAUGGAAAGGAGAAAGUGUGUGGGGCUCUGGUGAGAAACACUCUCACAGGUGAGGAGUACGAAAUCAAAGCCAAGUGUGUAAUCAACGCCACAGGUCCAUAUACAGAUUCCAUUCGUCAGAUGGCCAACAAACAGGUCCAGAAGAUCUGCCAACCCAGCGCUGGUGUUCACAUUGUCCUGCCUGACUACUACAGCCCCACUAGCAUGGGCCUGCUUGAUCCAUCAACAUCGGACGGCAGAGUUAUUUUCUUUCUCCCGUGGCAAAAUGUCACCUUAGCGGGUACCACUGAUGACCCCUGUUGUGUGACUGACAAUCCAAUGCCCACUGAAAAAGAUAUUCAAUUCAUUUUGAAUGAGAUUAGGAAUUAUCUCAGUCCUGAUGUUGAGGUUCGGCGUGGUGAUGUUUUAUCUGCUUGGAGUGGUAUACGUCCACUUGUCUCUGAUCCCAACAAAAAUGACACCCAGUCUAUUGCCAGGAAUCACAUUAUUGAAGUGUCUAAAAAUAAACUGAUCACAAUAGCUGGUGGGAAAUGGACAACUUACCGCUCUAUGGCAGAGGAAACCGUGGACAGAGCUGUGCAAGAAUGCUGUCUGCAGCCCACUGGCGAGUGUGCAACAAAGGGGCUGCUACUGGAGGGAGCCCAUGGCUGGUCACCUACCCUGUUCAUCAGACUGGUCCAAGAUUAUGGUUUAGAAAAUGCUGUUGCGCAACAUUUAGCUCAAACCUAUGGUGACAAAGCUUUCAAAGUGGCAAGUCUGUCCAAGAUGACUGGCAAAAGAUGGCCAAUUAUUGGUAAAAGACUUCAUGAGGAAUAUCCUUACAUUGAGGCUGAGGUCAAAUAUGCAAUCAGAGAAUAUGCCUGCAGGGCCAUUGAUAUUGUUGCUCGCCGAACACGCCUUUCAUUCAUCAAUGUUCAUGCAGCCCAGGAAGCUCUGCCUAGAAUUGUUGAUAUCAUGGCUGAGGAACUCAAAUGGGAUGAAAAAACCAAAAAGGCAGAGUUGCAGCACGCUGAAGGCUAUCUUAGGGCUGAAAUGGGUUUAGACAUUAAACGUGCUACAGAAAAAGAUGCCCCACUUAAUUUUACAAAAGAUCAAAUUAAUAUGUAUGUUAGGCGGUUUAAAUCUUUGGAUGUGGAAAAUAAGGGCUAUAUCUCCAUCAAUGAUCUACGCAGAUACUUUAAGAAUGUAGGGGAGAAAAUACCAGAGGAUCAGUUGCAUGAUAUUCUGUGUGAAGUAGAUCUCAAUAGAAAUGCACAAGUGGAUAUUGGGGAGUUUCUACAGCUUAUGUGUGCCAUAGAACAUGGAACAGUUGUCAAUUCAAGAUUUGCUAAGGCUUUAGAGGAUAACGAAGCACUGACCAAGAAAAUCACAGUUGAAAGGAGUGGUGGUGGUGUUUAGGACACAGUUGUAUCUGAAUGGAUGAAGGCAAGAUGUAUGCUUGAAACAAAGAAUGAAACUGUUACCUAGAAUUGGCAUGUCCUUAUGUAUUUAUUUAUUAAAUACACUCCACGGAUUGGCUGUAAUCUCAUCAAGGAGUGAUACAAAAGAAAUGUUUUUUUUCACAUUUGUUUCACAUUUUCUACCUAUGACAUUUUGAUACUCAAAUUGUAAUCUCACAGGAAAAUUCUGCAACUUUGGUCAAAAUUUUAUUUUCUCUCCUACAUUUGGUCUAGUGAUUGCUGAUUGGGGCUCAAUCAUUUAGAAGUUCAGCAGUACCUGUUGACACUUGUUGGUAUUGGACACUGUGGUAGAAAUUUUGUUUCCGUUAGAAAGGCUUGUAAACAUACAUAGAAAUUUAGGCAGGGCAUCAAAGUUGAUGGGAGAAGUCUAGUAGUUGUUUAUUGUGCAAUAACAUCAGAUUUCUGCUGGUGCUUUGCUAAACUAAACCUGAUCUUUUCUCAAAAAUGGAUUGUAUUUUGAAAAGUGUGGACAAUAUAGGGGUAAAAAAAAUGUUACUUUUAUUUACACGUUUUGAUAUCAUUUUACAUAUUUAGAAAGUUGUUGAAAUGUGCCAUCAGCAGCUGCUUUUCUUACUUUUGAAUGUGUUUAGCAGAGGUAUAUUGGCAUUAAUUUAGUAUAAAAUCUUUUAUGUUUAAUAUUUAUCUUAUAUAUAUAUAUAUAUAUGUGAUCACAUCAUUGAAUGUGAUACAUUGAAUAAACAUUUGUGUUCUGAGUCCAUGAGUUAUCGCCUGGGUGGUGGUAGAUGUAAGUUAAGUUUGCUAUAGACCAACUGUUUUGUCCAUUGCUAGUAUGCCCAUGACUUAAAUCUUGAGAUAAGUUAUUCAAUGAAUAAUGUAAAAUUGUGCAGUCAGUCAUUUUUAUUUUUUAACAGUAUGAUUAUAAGGCUAUGGAAAUUAGCCAGUAUAAAUUUAAAAUUUGUUGAUGACUGAUAUCCAUGAUUUUGAUUAGGUAGAUUCUGAAUGCAUGUUGCUGAAGAUGGGGAAAUUAAUGCUAUUGAUUAGGUAGACUUUGAAUGCACGUUGCUGAAGAUUGGAAAAUUAAUGCUAUUGAUUAGGUAGACUUUGAAUGCACGUUGCUGAAGAUUGGAAAAUUAAUGCUAUUGAUUAGGUAGACUUUGAAUGCACGUUGCUGAAGAUUAGAAAAUUAAUGCUAUUGAUUAGGUAGACUUUGAAUGCACAUUGCUGAAGAUGGGGAAAUUAAUGCUAUUGAUUAGGUAGACUUUGAAUGCACGUUGCUGAAGAUUAGAAAAUUAAUGCUAUUGAUUAGGUAGACUUUGAAUGCACGUUGCUGAAGAUUAGAAAAUUAAUGCUAUUGAUUAGGUAGACUUUGAAUGCACAUUGCUGAAGAUGGGGAAAUUAAUGCUAUUGAUUAGGUAGACUUUGAAUGCACACAGAUGGUCAUGUUGAAUGUUUUUACAAUGUCUAUAAUGUUAGCUUAGGAUUCCAUCUACUUGUGAUGCCUUGUUGCAAAGGGUUGCAAAUGUUUUGUCUAGCUAUACUAGACUAGAAUUUUUUAUCAGUAAAAUAAAAUAUUUUAUUCUUAUACCA